AUGAGGGCCGAUGAGCUAAUGCAGAGAAUGUGGGACGAAGACGUUGUGGGAAUUGCUGAUCAAAACAAGCGCUUGACAGCGGAGGAGGUGCUUGCUGCGCGCGAAGAGGCACAAUCAAGGCGUUAUGCUGAGGGGCUGUGAAGUGGCAAUUCCAUGGACGCUGAUACGCCGUUGUGUUCAAACAGGAAGACUGCUGAAGACCGACUUAUCUCUUAAGAAACACUUUCAGCCACGGCUGGAGGUUGCUGAGAAAUACUGCCAGGUGAUAGAAGCCAAGGUCUGAAAGAAUGAAUCCAAGGGUUACUUCCGGAUUAGAUCCAGUUGGUACCUACCUCAUUUUCAAGUGAGGAUAGUCUAAGAUUCAGUAGCCAUAUACGCAGGAAUAAUAGCAUGUUGCAUAUACGGAGGAAUAAUAGCAUGUUGCCUGGACCAAAGCUGAGCAAGAUGUUUUUUGUAAUGCACUAUUGCGUUUUCGCAGCUAUCUUGUGGCCUUGGUAGCAGAUCUGACGGAAAUUUGAGAAUGGAGGUUACACCUCUCUAGACUUCCAGAAGUCUAUGAAGCAAUGAGCUUGACGUUCGAUGACCGCGCCUCACUUUACCUUGUCCAGUACGUUGAGCGACAAAACGCAGAAGAUAACAGAAAUGACCACCCGCUAGCAAUAGGCGUAAUCCUAUUACAAGUGUACGUGGAUGACAUUAUGACUUCAUUGAACACUAACGAUGAAACGAUUAAAGCUCGAGAAUAGCUUAGGGAGCCACUUGGCAAGGCAGGCUUCAAAUUUGGUCUGGGUGUAGUAACAGGCCAGAACUACCUUGCAUGAAAGCAUAAUAAGGAAAGCAAUAAGAUGAUGAGACGGAUGUGUUUAACCUUUUUCAAGUUGAAUCCCCUGCAGGAUGUUGUCUAUACUAGGCGAAGGUUCGUAAAGAAAUUUUCUAUGCUUUUUUACCCAUUACAGAUGCUAAAGGAAGGAUUGAUUUGCAGGGAACAUGGUUACUGGGUUUAAAAUAGGACGACUUAAAGUACACGUAUCAAGAAUAAAUUAUUAAUGAUGCAGUGAGUUACCAGAAUUUUUUAGAGGACAUUUUUCAAGGUGCUAUCGCAUUGCUGAGAACAUUGUUGUUUACACAUCUAUUCAUACAAUGGGGGACGCGUCGCUGUUGGCAUAUGUAGAUGUAACUUACGUUGGGCACAAAUAUGAAGAUGCAGCUCGAGAAGAAAAGGGGAAGCAG